GGCUCGUCCCCCGGCCGGCGGACCGCCGGAGCGAGUGACGGAGCGACGGCUCUCCCCGCCCAGGGACUGGCGGGGCCGCAGCGGGGCGGGGGCAGAGGAGCGGCGGGCCCGCCCCGCGCUCCGCGGCUCUACCUUAGCCAUUCCGGCACCUAAAAUGGCUGGAGCGCGGCGCUGCAGGAGGUGAGGGGAGCCGCGGCCGCUGUCUUCGGCUCCUCCCGCUCGGCCCUGCUUGCGGCGGCGCCCGCCGCACGGCACCAUGUCGGCCGGCCAGGACGAGAGCUCGGUGCGGGUGGCCGUCAGAAUUAGACCACAGCUAGCCAAAGAGAAGAUUGAAGGAUGCCAUAUUUGUACAUCUGUCACACCUGGUGAACCUCAAGUGUUCUUGGGAAAAGAUAAAGCCUUCACUUUUGAUUAUGUGUUUAACAUUGACUCUCAGCAAGAAGAAAUCUAUACACAGUGUAUAGAAAAACUGAUUGAAGGUUGCUUUGAAGGCUAUAAUGCCACUGUCUUUGCUUAUGGCCAGACAGGUGCUGGCAAAACAUACACCAUGGGCACUGGAUUUGAUGUCAACAUAACAGAGGAGGAGCAAGGCAUUAUAUCACGUGCUGUUAAGCAUCUUUUUGGAUGUAUUGAAGAAAAGAAACAAGCUGCUAUUAAACAAGGAAUUCCACCUCCAGAUUUUAAAGUAAACGCACAGUUCCUUGAGCUUUACAAUGAAGAAAUUCUUGAUCUCUUUGAUACCACUCGUGAUAUUGAUGCAAAGAAUAAAAAGUCAAAUAUUAAAAUACAUGAAGAUUCAGCUGGAGGAAUUUAUACAGUGGGUGUUACAACCCGAACUGUGAAUGGAGAAUCAGAGAUGAUGCAGUGCUUGAAGCUGGGGGCUUUGUCUCGAACCACGGCCAGUACUCAGAUGAAUGUUCAGAGCUCACGGUCACAUGCUAUCUUUACUAUACACUUAUGUCAAACCAGAGUUUGUCCUGCUUUUAACACUGAUAAUGCCACUGAUAACAGGAUAAUAUCUGAAUCUUCUGAGAUGAAUGAGUUUGAAACCCUUACUGCCAAGUUCCAUUUUGUUGACCUAGCAGGAUCUGAAAGGUUAAAGCGAACAGGAGCUACGGGAGAAAGGGCAAAAGAAGGCAUUUCCAUCAACUGUGGACUACUGGCACUUGGCAAUGUAAUAAGUGCACUGGGAGACAAAAGUAAGAAGGCAACUCAUGUACCAUACAGAGAUUCAAAGCUUACAAGACUACUUCAAGACUCUCUUGGGGGAAACAGUCAAACACUCAUGAUAGCGUGUGUGAGCCCUUCCGAUCGAGACUUCAUGGAAACCUUGAACACAUUGAAGUAUGCAAAUCGGGCACGAAACAUCAAGAACAAGGUGAUGGUUAAUCAGGAUAGGGCUAGUCAGCAAAUAAAUGCUUUGCGCAAUGAGAUUACACGGCUACAGAUGGAACUGAUGGAAUACAAAACAGGUAAAAGGAUUAUAGAUGAAGACGGUGUUGAAAGCAUCAAUGACAUGUUUCAUGAAAAUGCUAUGCUGCAAACAGAAAACAAUAAUCUGCGUGUUAGAAUUAAAGCCAUGCAAGAGACUAUUGAUGCACUGAGAGCCAGAGUAACGCAGCUCGUGAGUGAUCAGGCCAACCAAGUGCUAGCCAGAGCAGGAGAAGGAAAUGAAGAAAUUAGCAACAUGAUUCAUAAUUAUAUCAAGGAAAUUGAAGAUCUCAGAGCAAAAUUAUUAGAAAGUGAAGCAGUUAAUGAAAAUCUUCGACGCAACUUGUCAAGAGCUUCAACAAGAUCCACAUACUUUGGUGGACCAUCAACAUAUUCUAUGCUUUCUUCAGAAAAAGAGACACUGGAAAUUCUAGAUAUAGCCAAGAAAGAUCUAGAAAAGCUGAAAAAAAAAGAAAGAAAAAAGAAAAAAAGUGUUAAAGAUGACAACACAGAUAAUGAGCAAGAGAAGAGAGAUGAAAAAGGCACUUCAGAGAGAGCAAAUAAUGAAUUGGAAGUAGAGGAAAUUCAGGAAGUAAGUGAUCAUGAAGAUGAAGAAGAGGAAGAUGAUGAGGAUGAAGAUGACAUGGAAGUUGUUGAAAGCUCAGAUGAGUCAGAUUCCGACUCUGAUGAAAAAGAAAAUUAUCAAGCUGACUUGGCAAAUAUCACCUGUGAAAUAGCCAUUAAGCAGAAACUGAUAGAUGAGCUGGAAAACAGCCAGCGAAGAUUGCAAACACUGAAAAAACAAUAUGAGGAGAAACUAAUGAUGCUACAGCAUAAGAUUCGAGACACUCAACUUGAAAGAGAUCAAGUUCUUCAAAACUUGGGUUCUGUAGAGACUUACUCAGAAGAAAAGGCAAAAAAAAUCAAGUCAGAAUAUGAGAAGAAACUCCAAGCCAUGAAUAAAGAACUUCAGAGACUUCAAACAGCUCAAAAGGAACACGCACGAUUGCUUAAAAAUCAGUCUCAAUAUGAAAAGCAACUGAAGAAACUGCAGCAGGAGGUGACAGAGAUGAAGAAAACCAAGGUUCGCUUGAUGAAACAAAUGAAAGAAGAGCAGGAGAAAGCUAGAAUGACGGAAUCAAGAAGAAAUAGAGAGAUUGCACAGCUUAAAAAGGAGCAACGCAAACGAGAGCACCAGCUCAAGCUUCUGGAAGCUCAGAAAAGAAAUCAAGAAGUUAUCUUGCGUCGCAAAACUGAAGAGGUCACAGCCCUUCGUCGGCAAGUCAGGCCUCUGUCUGAUAAAGUGGCAGGAAAAGUGAGUCGAAAGCUGAGUCUCCCUGAACAUCCUAUUCAGGAACCAAGUUCUAGCUCAUCAGUUGAGCACGAUGGUUCAAGAACAGCAGCACAGCAGAAGAUGAGAAUUCCUGUUGCAAGGGUUCAAGCAUUAUCUGUUACUGCAACAAAUGGAACGGGAAAGAAAUAUCAGCGGAAACCAGUGACAAGCAGAGUCUACUCCUCAAGGGCAGCCAGGAUGAAGUGGCAGUUACUUGAACGCAGAGUCACUGAUAUCAUUAUGCAGAGGAUGACCAUUUCCAAUAUGGAGGCAGAUAUGAAUAGAUUACUUACGCAACGUGAAGAACUUACAAGAAGAAGAGAGAAGCUUUCAAAGAAAAGGGAGAAGCUCUUCAAGGAUGGAGGUGUCAGUGAAGCAGAUAGAAAUGUCCAGAACAUAAAUGAAGAAAUGGAAUCACUAACUGCAAAUAUAGACUACAUUAAUGACAGCAUUUCUGACUGCCAAGCAAACAUUAUGCAAAUGGAAGAAGCAAAGGAAGAAGGAGAGACCUUGGAUGUAACAGCAGUGAUUAAUGCUUGCACUUUGACAGAAGCUCGAUAUUUGCUCGAUCACUUCCUCACAAUGGGUAUCAAUAAGGGGCUCCAGGCAGCUCAGAAAGAAGCUCAGAUUAAAGUUCUUGAGGGGCGUCUUAAGCAGACAGAAAUUACUAGUGCUACUCAAAACCAGCUGCUGUUUCAUAUGCUAAAAGAGAAAGCCGAGUUGAAUCCUGAACUUGACGCGUUGCUGGGUCAUGCUUUACAAGACCUAGAUAGCAUACCACUGGAAAAUUUGGAAGAUAGUACUGAUGAGGAUGCUCCGUUGCAUAGCCCUGGGACGGAAGGAAGUUCAUUAUCUUCAGAUCUUUUGAAGCUUUGUGGUGAAGUCAAACCCAAAAGCAAGGCCCGCCGGAGGACCACUACACAGAUGGAAUUGCUGUAUGCAGAUAGCAGUGAUUUAGUCUCUGACGUUAGUGCUUCAGAAUCUACUUUGCCUGGCCUUCUUGCAUCUGCUGCAGAAACCCAAGAAAGUGGGAUGACUGCUGACACAAAUGAUACUUCUGCUAGGGACAGAGAGUUUAUUCCCCCACCAUCUGGCUUACCUUCUAAGAUAGGCAGCAUUUCUAGGCAACCGUCUUUGUCAGAGAAGAAGAUACCUGAACCUUCACCUUUAGCCAAGAGAAAAACAUAUGAGAAAACAAUGGAAAAGUCAAAGGCAAAAGAUCAAAAACUCUCAGAUUCUGGAACCCCAGAAGCUAGUCUGUCACCUCCUACUUCCCCACCAAGCCGGCCCCGUAAUGAAAUGAAUGUUUUUAGUCGUCUUACUGUUUCUCAGGGAAACACAUCAGUUCAGCAGGAUAAGUCUGAUGAAAGUGAUUCCUCUCUGUCGGAGGUACACAGGGGGAUAAUUAACCCAUUCCCUGCUUCAAAAUGCACCCGAUCUUCCCCACUGCAGUGUAUCUACACAGCUGAAGGACAUGCCAAACCUGUGCUUUGUGUUGAUGCAACAGAUGACCUUCUCUUCACUGGAUCCAAAGACCGCACCUGUAAAGUCUGGAAUCUAGUAACUGGACAAGAGAUUAUGUCUCUAGGGGGUCAUCCAAACAAUGUUGUUUCUAUAAAAUAUUGCAACUACACAAGUUUGGUCUUCACUGUCUCAACUUCCUAUAUCAAGGUGUGGGACAUCAGAGAUUCUGCUAAGUGUGUUCGGACACUGACGUCUUCGGGCCAGGCAAUGCCUGGUGAUGUGUGUUCAGGAAGUACAAACAGAACAGUCACUAUCCCAGCUGGAGAGAAUCAGAUUAAUCAGAUUGCACUAAAUCCAACUGGCACAUUCCUCUAUGCAGCUGCUGGAAAUUCAGUGAGGAUGUGGGACCUGAAAAGAUUUCAGUCUACAGGAAAGCUAACUGGUCACCUGGGUCCUGUCAUGUGCCUUACUGUGGAUCGAAUUUCCAAUGGACAGGAUCUUAUUGUCACUGGUUCAAAGGACCAUUAUAUAAAGAUGUUUGAUGUAACUGAAGGGGCUCUUGGAAGUGUAAGUCCUACACACAAUUUUGAACCUCCUCACUAUGAUGGCAUUGAAGCACUUGCUAUUAUGGGAGACAACCUUUUCAGUGGAUCCAGAGAUAAUGGAAUUAAGAAAUGGGACUUGGCUCAGAAAGACCUUCUUCAGCAAGUUCCUAAUGCUCAUAAGGACUGGGUGUGUGCUCUGGGCCUGGUGCCUGGUGCUCCAGUUCUGCUCAGCGGCUGCAGAGGAGGAACCCUCAAGCUCUGGAACGUGGACACCUUUGCACCAAUUGGGGAGAUGAAAGGACACGACAGUCCUAUAAAUGCAAUCUGCACCAACUCCAGCCAGAUUUUUACAGCAUCAGAUGACCGAACUGUGAGGAUCUGGAAAGCUCGAAAUGUGAUGGAUGGACAGAUCUCUGAUGCAGGAGAUGCAAGCGAAGAUCUGGCCAGCAACUGAGAUGAUGGCCAUAAAUAAAUAUCUUGAUGAAGUGCACUCUAUGCAGUUUGGUGCAUACUUAUUAAGUAAAUGCUGAUGACUGGAAUGAGCUGAAAAAUAAGAGUGAACUCUUCUAUUAGACCUGCUGUCCUUAAAGUACGUACUGUAUGUAGGGAAGAAAACCCAAGGGUAGCAUUCUUGUAUCUCAGUGAUCACGUAUGUAUGUCUAUAUAUAAUGGCUGAAUUUGUGUGCACUUGUGUAACACUUGCAGUUUAAGUUAACUGGAAGUCAGUCUUCUCUAAUGACCAUCUCAAAAUUAUAACCGGGAAUAUAUUAAAAGAGUGCUCUGCUGUAUUUCACUCACAAGUAUGAUCAGCUGUGUUGCAUUUUAGGGUAGCAGAGGACUGAUGAUGUCCUAUUAAUAAGCCUUUGAUUUUGACAGAUGUUGUUUCAAGAUUUUAAAGGUCACUUACCCUCUUAUUAGGGAAGUGAAGUGAAUAAGAGAUGGGAGGAGGCUGUUAGGGCAGAUCGUUCUGAUAUGGCUGUGCCCUGCUAACAGCAAACGCUACAUGAUUUGUGUUAACAUUAGCGUAUAAUCCUCGUUGACCAAAGCUGUGCAGCUGUGUGUACUCUGUGCUCAGGACUAGAACUAAAAUGCUCAUAAACUGGUAUGUUUUAAUAGUGUUUUGCCUAUAAUCUGUAAUGACUAGAUGGUUCUUAUGUCAUCACAGAAGUAUACCUUAAUCUAUUUUUCUUAUGAAUUCGUUUCUAUCAUCUCACAUUUUCUUUUUUUUAAAGCAAGAUAUCUUUCCUUUUUAUCUAAUUUUAUAUGCUGCUAAAUGUAUUUUAAAUACACUGUUUUGCAAACCUUGGCAGUUACUUUGAGAACUGAACCACGUGUAUUGGAAAAGCUAUGUAAAUAGAUGGUUGUAUAAAGGAAAUAUCUUAUCAUGUGCCUGUAUGACUUUUAAAGUUCCCAGAAUGUGGAUAUUGAGGGAGGAUGUAUAAUUUAGCCAGCUGCUCUGAAUAUUAAUUUGUAAAUUCUGCAAAUUUUAAAAAAUGAUGUAGAUUCAGAUACAGUGUUUGGAUGUUGAGGUUUUUGUUGUUGGUUGGUUGGUUUUGUUGUUUUUUUUUUUCCCCAGAAAAACGUAAGUCUGUAAAUUAUAGCUUGUGUAGGUAACACUUAAAUAAAGAUGUGAAUGUGAA